GUAUUUAAGGUCGUAGUAGGAUCUGCAGUUUUUCAAUUAUAAGCCGGAUAAAAGGUCAAUUUAGUUCGAAGUAAGUUCAUUUUCAUCACGAAUAAAUGUGCGAAUCACAUUAUACUAGUAUUUGGGAGUAUCGUUAGAGAAAAUUCCUAGCUACUUGUCAUAUUCCGAAGUACAUAUUUCCUGGGCGCAAUUGAUACACAUAUUUUUUGGGCGGAUCAAAAUGUCGUCUGGAAAGCCUUACGAUAUCGCAAGCGAAAGUUCUUCAGACGAGGAUUACCGCCGCAGGAGUUAUAAGCAUUCGUACUCAAGUAACGAGAAGUUUGACGAUUACGACGAAGAUGAUUGUAAAAUAUUGAAAAAGGCGGACAGGUCGUCAAACUCGCUGGACGUAACGAUGAAAGGCGGCCGGAGCCAUUCGAAGAGGCCGUGUAUGAACAAAAACGCUCAAGCAGCCCGGGAGAACAGAAUACGGAAGAAAAAACACCUGGAACAGAACCGUGGCUUGGCAGAGUUGACACGGCUGUUGGGGAAAUUAUUAAAAGGUGGGCGUCGAUGCAAUUUUCUAACGAGGCAUUGUUCGCCAGUUCAAACUGAGCAUUAUUAAGAAACUCCAAAAAUUAUGAGAGUAGUAUUGAAAUAUAUUAAUCAUGAAAAUUUGAAGCAGAAAAAUCUCAUUCAAUAUGCAAAGAUUUGGCUCUUAUCAAUUUUAUACUUUCAUAGCCAUUUCCAUACACUAACAAAUUGUUAUAGUUUUAACUGGCCUAUGCCUCGCUAGUUUGGUAUAUUGUGUCCGAUUUGCAUCAUUCAUUAUUUGGGAUUGGUUACAGUCCAUGCGUAACAAGUUUGGAUUAUCGGAGCUGCGGUUGGGCCUAUUGAGUAUUGAAUUAAUUUCAACAUGUCCACAGGUUGAGUAUGAGUAUCGACAUGAUUCUUAUGUAAAACUACCUAAGAUUA